AUGAAGAAACUCGAAGGAAACCACAUGAAUCACUUUAGAGAAAUCGCUGAAGAUCAAAGGAUGAAGAGAACACCCGAUGGAGAUCGCGUCGAAGCAAUUGAUCCUGCAGUAGAUCGGCUUUGCCUAUCGUGUUACAGUGCGUGGCCCGCUAGGGUUGACGUCUUCAUCAAGCGAGAGAUAUUUAUUCCUGAGGGAUCAAGAUUAUGCAAGGACCACAUGGGUGAAGAUGGAAAACUUCUAUCAUUUUUAGUCCAAGGGCUGCAAGGCCAGCGAAGAACUAUCAAGUUGUCACCUAUUGAAAUCCAACGGUGGUUCAGUGUGCUCCGCACGAAUGCAAUCCGUAACCAAGCGCCAGACUACAAUGACGAAAACACAAUUGCAGACAAUGAUUUCUUUAGCAUCACCUCAUUAAGCAAAGAUCAGUUCAGAAACUUGUACGAGCUGUGUGGGCCUGUGCAAGUUUCUGGACAUGAUAGAAUAGUAUAUAAAAUCGACUUGAUCAUGUUCCUUUGUAAGCUUAGGCAAGGAAUACCUGACGAAUUCUUGAAAGCAAUAUUCCACUACUCGACACGACAAGCAGUCAGCUUGGCGGUGAAUAAGGUUAGAGAAUCACUUAUGAGGGCAUUUGUAAGAACUAAUCUGGGCCCCGACAGUAUGACCCGACAACAAUUUAUUCAUCGACAUGUAUCAGAUUUUGCCAACCAACUGUACAACCCUAACCCGGAAAAACCUCAGGCCAUAUUGUGCAUUGAUGGCACAUACAUUGAAAUAGCCACUAGCUCUAACUUUAGAAUUGCCCGCCAAAGUUAUUGCAUGCACAAGAGCUACCAUCUUGUGAAGCCAAUCAUGAUAGUUGCACCAGAUGGUUAUAUUUUCGAUGUCCACGGCCCGUAUUUCUCAGAUUCAAAGAACAACGAUGCAAAAAUCUUAAUUGAUGAACUCCAGCGUGAUAUUCGUGGAUUUGGUCAGUGGAUUCAAGAGGGCGACAUCGUCAUCGUAGACUACGGUUACCGCGAAUCAAUCCCGACACUUCAGAGAUUAGGAAUACGAGCUAAAAUACCAAAUAUUGUGAGAGGAAGAGCCACGCGAGACCAGUUACCUACAGAAGAGGCGAACAAUAAUAGACUGAUCACCAAAAGCCGAUGGGUUGUGGAAGCGAGAAAUGGUCAUUUGAAAAGUGUCUUCAAAUUUUUCGCCCAUCGAGUGGAAUCUCACAACUGUGUGCAUUUAGGAGACCUAGUCAGGAUAGCCUGUGCACUAUUGAAUGCCUUCCAUCUACCAAUAACUAUGCCUGGCUACAACGCUGACGAAGCCAAAGAAAUGUUAAGAAUAGCUGCUCAACCUAACCAUCUCAUGCAACGUGUUCACGAUGAACGUCUAGAAACACGAGCUCCUACUCAAUGGUUCCCUAUGACUUCAGACCAUCUACCAGCUUUCCCACAUUUGUCGCUGCAGUAUCUACGCGACCUUACUUUCGGAAAGUACCAGGUUAAGCUAGCCCCUGCUUACGUCCAGGAUAAGAAUACAAGGGACGGCGAGUACCGCUUCGAUUUAAGCCGCGAAAGCCCAGGGCUUCUAAGGGCUCAAGUUUAUUCCAGACACACUCGAGCUGCAAAAUACCAACUGUGGAUUCAGUUCCACGAGGUACCCUUUGAGGAAGCCUUAGCGGGAGAGCAACUGCCACACCCUCUUCCAAAUCCAAUUCAAGGUUGGUAUUGCCAGUGCAAAACAGGGGCUCGCACCUUGGGAACUUGUUCGCAUAUUGCAAGUGUACUCUGGUUCAUGGGCUGGGCAAGACACCAAGAUAAAUUACAAGCUCCAUCGCAUAGUCUCCUAGGCAUUAUCGAUGAUGCUGCCCACAGAGACGCUCCGGAGUUAUUUGAUGAUGCAGAUGACAACUGACUAACGUAAGUACUGCGCCAUCAUGUUAUUACAAUCAU